CACUGUCAGGCGCCUGGCUACACGUUGGCCGAAUCUUCGGCGUUCUCACCGGGCACAAAAAUGUCUUUGGCUAGUGAUUUCUAUCUGCGCUACUAUGUCGGGCACAAGGGCAAGUUUGGACACGAGUUUCUGGAGUUCGAGUUUCGACCAGACGGAAAGCUUAGAUAUGCCAACAACAGCAAUUACAAAAAUGAUGUCAUGAUCAGAAAAGAGGCUUAUGUACACAAGAGUGUAAUGGAAGAACUGAAGAGAAUCAUUGAUGACAGUGAAAUUACCAAAGAAGAUGAUGCGUUGUGGCCUCCCCCUGACAGGGUUGGCCGGCAGGAACUUGAAAUUGUAAUUGGAGAUGAACACAUUUCGUUUACAACAUCAAAAAUUGGUUCUCUUAUUGAUGUAAAUCAGUCAAAGGAUCCUGAAGGCCUGCGAGUAUUUUAUUACUUAGUACAGGACCUGAAAUGUUUAGUUUUUAGUCUUAUUGGAUUGCAUUUCAAGAUUAAACCUAUCUAA